AUGAGCGUAACCGGUAGUUCUGUGAAAAGUGCGCUGAUGGAAGUCAUUGACAGCCACGCUCGCCUCGAAAGAGAGAAUACGACAGCAAAGAGAUGCCGGCCGGCAUCCAUGCUGCAUGCACUUCUGGAUAUCGUGUGCUAUUUCUCAGAGUCAAGCGUGUUGCAUAUUGCAGUGAACAGACAGCGGCUAGGGAGCGGAUGGCAAGGCAGAGUAGUAUUUACUUCGAGUAUCAGCAAGCAAAAAGUCGAGCUAGAGUCGCCAGCGGAGCCAUGCGAGUCUGGCGGAAGCGUGUUUUGUUACCGGCUGCCAUCUCUGCGUAACGAAUGGACAGCGGAUUUUUCGCUCGUAUUUUCGCCACAGUACACAGUGCCCAGUACAUACAUUGCCGAUAUCCGCGCAUCUGGACAUCCUACAUAUCGACAUCAUCGACACCCUCCUCCCAUGCACACCAGCAUGCGUGCGGCUGGCAGAGUCGCAAGUAACCACAAUCAAAAUGCCGUGCGUGUGCGAGAUAUGGAUUAA